CGUUUUCCAUCAGUCUCAGCCGAGGCGCUAUCCAGCAUUAUGUGGACAAAACGAUCUCACAGGGCAGAAUAACUGCAGAAAACAGUGUGGAUGGCACGAGAUGCGGGAUGCUCGUGGAUCAACGAUCAGCGUCACAUGACAGCAGGAUAUGAAAUAUGGUUUAUAAUAAGCACUGCGCGUGCUGUGGAUGAAUCCGGCUGGAGAUGAUGUUGCGUGUGGAGGCAUCUCACAUACUUCUGCUCAUCCAGGGCAAACACACCCGUUAAGUCCGACUUCUCGAAACCUCUCCUGACAUCAUUUCCAGCCAAGAACAGCUGUGUUAGUCACUGAAGACCUCUUAGAUUUGACUGGCAGAUGUCUUGUGAUGAAUGACUGCAGUUUGGGAUCCUUUGCUUUGAGUCUUUGAAGUAUGUAAACCAAUUUCCCAUGUGGAGUUUAUUCAUAAGAACAUAUGAAUACGGAUGAAAGCGCAAAGGAGGACUCUAUGUUCAGAAUGCAUUUUACCGGUCCAAAAUGAUGCGACUCGCUGGAUUCCGAACACCGAAAUCUUUCAUGGCCUUUGUGAUGAGAAGAUGGAAAAUCUUACUGGUGCUGAAUGCUUUAACGGUGGCCGGCUUCAUCACUUUUUGGGGCAAGUGCAAUUUACGCACAACCAAAGUUGUUGGUCAACUGGCAGCAGCUGCUGAUGUGAGAGGACAGAUGCAUCUGAAUAGAUCUGCACAGGAGACCAGCAUCACUAAUGAUGUGCUCUUAAAAAGACUGGGAUCAUUGGAAGAUGUGGUGUACAGACAACUGAAUGGUUUGUCCAAGUCUCUUGGACUCAUUGAAGGUUUUGGAGGUCGAGGUAGAGGAGGUCUACCAGCAACACUUACCCCAGAGGAAGAAAAGGAGGCCAAAUACCUGAGGGAGAAAUAUGGCUACAAUGCAUUUUUGAGUGACAAAAUCUCUCUGGAUAGAUCUAUUCCAGAUUAUCGCCCCAGCAAAUGCAAAAAGGCCUUUUAUUCCCGUGACCUGCCCCAGAUCUCCAUCAUCUUCAUCUUUGUAAAUGAGGCAAUGUCUGUCAUCCUACGUUCAGUCCAUUCAGCUGUCAACCACACACCAGCUCAUCUCCUAAAGGAAAUCAUCUUGGUGGAUGACAACAGCGAUGACGUACAACUGAAAGGGCCACUGGAGGAGUAUGUCAACAAGCGCUACCCGGGUCUUAUCAAAAUAGUGCGCAAUCAGAAGAGAGAGGGCCUCAUCCGUGCUCGCAUCGAGGGUUGGAAAGCGGCCACUGGGGAGGUGACUGGCUUCUUUGAUGCCCAUGUUGAGUUCACGCCUGCAUGGGCUGAACCAGUUUUGUCUAGAAUCAAGGAGAACCACAAGAGGAUCAUACUGCCCUCCAUAGAUAACAUUAAAGACGAGACGUUUGAGCUGGAACGCUAUGAAAACUCAGGCCACGGCUUUAACUGGGAGCUGUGGUGUAUGUAUAUCAGCCCACCGAAACAGUGGUGGGAUGAAGGAGACACUUCUGCACCUAUCAGGACGCCUGCAAUGAUAGGCUGCUCUUUUGUGGUAAACCGGGAAUACUUUGGGGAGUUGGGCCUACUGGACGCAGGGAUGGACGUGUAUGGAGGCGAAAAUAUAGAGCUGGGAAUCAGGGUUUGGCUGUGUGGGGGAAGCAUGGAGGUUCUGCCUUGUUCCAGAGUGGCCCAUAUUGCUAGAACAAAAAAGCCCUACCACAGUAACAUCGCCUUUCACACUAGACGCAAUGCACUUCGGGUGGCAGAAGUCUGGAUGGACCAAUACAAAUCUAAUGUCUAUUUGGCAUGGAACCUCCCAGUGAAGAACCAUGGCAUUGAUUAUGGAGACAUAUCCCAGAGACUAGCGCUCAGGAAAAGACUCCAGUGCAAAAGCUUUGAGUGGUACCUUGACAAUAUCUAUCCAGAGAUGAGGAGAUACAACAACACUCUCUUUUACGGAGAGAUUCGCAAUACCAAUGUGACCCAUCUGUGUGUGGACCAGGGGGUAAAGGAAAACCACACGGCAGCUCUGCACCCCUGCCAUGGCUGGGGCCCUCAGCUGGGUCGCUAUACUAAGGAGGGAUAUCUUUUCCUGGGUCCUCUGGGAAGCACGGGCGAAGAUACUCGGUGUGUGGUGGACGAUAAAAUCAGCGGCUACCCGCAGCUCCUGAAUUGUGAGAAAGUCUCAAGUGUACGGCAGAAAACUUGGCACUUUGCACAGAAUAAAGCAAUCAUCAACCGAGCUACAGGACGCUGUCUCGAGGUAGUGCCGGCUAAUGUCUACUUCGGCUAUGCUCUGGUCCUGCGCCCCUGCACUGGCCAGAAGUGGACGGUCAAGAAUUUGAUGAAACGAGACUAAUGGUAGUGAGUCAGUGACCUUAGAGAGUUGCUAAUCUCUUUUGGCCUCCAUAACAAGUUUAGGAACUGGAAAAUGGAUCCAGUUUUGUUGAACUCAAGGGGUGCGGUUCAUGUUUUCAUUUUUGCAUUGGGCUUUCGGUCUUACUACAGUCCACAAUUCAAAAAAGUAAACAAAAAGACACUAGAAGCACCACAUACAGCAGGUUCUCGAGAAUCUCUAGACAUCCUUUCCAAAAUAAAAGGACAGUUUUCUGAGGAUCAUUGGAGCCCGUGAGUUCCUGCAAGAACUGUUAAAACCUCCAACGGUUCCUCCAGUAAUGAAAGGUUUUGAAGCACAUAAACUGUAUGUUGAAGUUCCUUAAGUUUGCAAUAUUUGAUGUUCAACCGUUAGAGCAACCUGACUCAAAUCUUGAAACCAAAAUGACUUUUAAACAUUGUAGAUGAUCAGCUGCUGUACUGCACAUACUCUGUACACCACUGUACUCAUAACGUUAGUCAAUACAAAUUUAGUGUUUAUUCUGAAAAAAAAAAACAACAGGUUCAGGUGUUCAUAGCUUUAUUUAGAGUUAAUAUUGAAUAUCUGUAUUUCUCCUACAUUCUGUAGUUUUAAGUUCCCACUGUUAGCAGCUAUGGAUCUCAGUACGUUUUCUGUUUAAAUAAGCUGUCUGCUCUGGACAAAUGUUAUUUAUUGCAUUAUUGUUAUUUUCACUAUAGAAUGACAUGAUGAUAUGUGUGCAGUUUUACAGUUUCUAAGGUUAUUGAGCUCUAUCUGCUGUUGAAUGGAUCCUGUAGUAGUCCUACUGUUACUUUAAACCACACUCUAUAGCAACAAGGCCAGCAUGUAGGCGAAAGGAAUAAGGAAAAAUGAUCAUCAGGGAUUGUCGACUGAGUUAUAUAAGAACACACGUUACAUGAGUCAUAAACCGCACAUGUAACUACGGUCUCCUCAGAUGUUGUUGCACCCGUCUUACCGUCUUCCAUUUUGACUAGGACUGAUUUGAAUAAAACAAUGAACUGCAGCGUUGUAGUGCUCGGUGUCCUGAAUCUAAAAAGCAAAUGAAAUGCCCUAUAUAAGUACCUCACUUGUUACUUUACCAUAGGAACAUACUAAUGGACCCUCUGAGGACCUCCCAGCACUGAACCAAACCUCCUGCUGGGAUGCUUCAGACUCUGUGUGACUGACAACUCACAGUCAUGUAUGCUGUUAAAUAUUCAACCGCUGUUUAUUAUGCAUUUGCAACUUUGUUGUAGAGGCUCUCACAUUUUAUAGGAGGCUUGUUUCAUUUUAUGGUAAGCUGUGAAGCAGUGAGUAAUCGUAGCGGUUCAUAGCUCUCGAAUACACAUCAUGACUUUGUAGUUCAUAGUACAAGAGUAAAUAAUUAGAUGAAACGCCCCCAUAGUUCAUCACCAUUGAUAGUUUCAUUACUGGCUCAUUAACUUUGUUAUUCACCCUAAGAGCUUACAGACAUGGAUGAUGUGUGAUUGUGAAUAAGUAAAGAAUGGCGUUAUAUUUAGGCUAAAAAAAAUUACUUUCAGUUUUUUUUUUGUGCUCUGCAUCUCAUCACCCAAAAACGGAUGUAGAGUCUAACUGCAGUGAGAUUUUGUGUUAUGGCACGGUCACAAUAGUGAAAUUUCACGGGCUGAGAAGGUCCUUUAUCACAAGGAGUCACUAUCAAACCGAGUGAAUUUCUGUUGGUUAAUGCCACAAAUUUGCCUGAACAAAUUGAAAAAAGAACUAAAUCUGCUAGGGGGACUUUUUUGCCCUCAUGCCAAAUUCACGAUUAUGCAGAUGCCAAGCAAUGUGUCACAAUUACUGUUGUACUUGUUUUAUUUGUACUUGUUAAAUUUACUUCUCCAAAUUUUUGCAGCCAAAUUCUAGUCAGUUCUAUGAAAGCUGUUUUCCG